UAAACAGACGGUACAGUGAGGAUCAAAAAGAAUAAUUAGUGAAUUUAAUGAACCUAGAGGUGAUGACAAAUGAUUGAAAUAAGAAAUGUGAAGAUGGCAGGAAUAUUUCUAUAUAUUCUACUCCUGCUGGUUUCCACAGCAAAGGGCAAUGUUCUCGAUGAAGUAAACGCGAAAACAGAUGAAUAUAAAGAGAAAAUCCAUGUUGUAGACAGUUUAGACCUACUUAUCUACCUACUACUCCUAACUGUAGCUAUAAUUACUACCUGGGUGUUUAAGAAGCAUCGUCUUAAGUUUAUCCAUGAGUCGGGAGUAUCUGUUAUUCUUGGUCUUGUGGUCGGAGCUAUACUUAGGUUUACAGGAUCCACUAACAGUAUAACUGUUCUUGAUGUUGCUCCUAAACCAUCUUUCUCCGCUGGAAACGGAAGCUAUAUCUUCUCCCCUCCGGAUAUACUGAGGAUGAAUAUUAGUGGACAAGUGUUUAUCUACUCUAUGUCUGGACCUCAGGCUGAUGUUGAAGCAUCUCAGGAGAUAACAGAAAUACAGGAAAAGGCGACCUUUGAUGCUGAAAUAUUCUUCUACAUGAUCCUGCCUCCAAUAAUAUUCAAUGCUGGAUACUCAAUGAGGAAAAAACAUUUUUUUUCAAACAUUGGCUCAAUUCUAACCUUUGCCCUGCUAGGAACUGUCAUUUCGACUUUUGCUGUGGCCGGUUUAAUGUGGAUGGUGGUUCAGUUGAUCAGUACAAAGAUGAGGUUCUUGGACACCCUGUAUUUCGGUGCUAUAAUCUCGGCUACUGAUCCUGUUACAACCCUGGCUAUAUUUACAGAUCUUCAUGUAGACCCUACACUCACAGGACUUGUACUAGGAGAAAGUCUGCUAAAUGAUGCUGUAGCAAUAGUGCUUUGCGGAGCAGUUGAAGAUUAUUCAAGAUUCUUUAUUCAAGGAGACCCCGAUUCUUUUGAGGUUGUGGCCUUUUUUCAGACAAUCCUGAAUUUUUUCACAAUUUUCUUUGGAUCUGUCGGACUCGGUUCUCUCCUUGGCGCUAUCACUGCUCUAAUCACAAAAUUCACACAUGUCCGAGACUACACCAUCCUGGAGACAUCUAUGUUCUUUCUCCUCUCCUACUCCAGCUAUCUAUUCGCAGAGGUUUGCUCUAUGUCUGGGAUUGUAUCAGUUCUCUUCUGUGGCAUUACUCAGGCCCACUACACAUUCCACAAUCUGUCUGCUGAAUCAAAACUAAGAACUCGUCAACUGUUCGAACUUCUCAACUUUUUGAUGGAGAACUUUAUAUUCUCGUAUAUAGGGGUCAGCAUGUUCACUUUCAGUCGGCACAAGUUUGAGUUUAUCUUCAUACUCGGAGCAGUUCUUGCAAUAGGGGUUGCUAGAGCUCUUAACAUCUAUCCUCUUAGCUUACUACUCAAUCUGGGCAGGAGUAAACCGAUCCCAUGUAAGUACCAGCACAUGAUGUGGUUCUCAGGACUCAGAGGUGCUCUUGCAUUCGCGCUGGCAAUCAAGAACACUGUGUCUGAAGCUAGACAGAUAAUAUUGACGACAACCUCACUGAUUGCCAUUGUUACUGUUAUAUUCUGCGGGGGAUUGACCCCACCACUCCUAGGACUUCUGAAGAUUCCUAUCGGUGUAGUUGAUCCUGGGUCGGAUGAGACCCAAAUAGAAGCAGGAAGAGAAGAAGAGGAAGGAGAAGGACAUGAACGUAGAACCCAAGGACAAGGAGAACUAGUAGGAGGAGAAGGAGGGUGCUCUGAUAGUUCCAUUGAAUCUCAGUCAUUCAGCCAGGAGGUUCCUAAGAGUUCCCUAGCUCGACACUGGAAAUCUCUUGAUAAAACCUUACUUAAACCUUUACUUACAAACUCACAACCAACCCUCCAGGAAACGAUGGCCUGGCUCGGACCUGUAGCGCGCUGGUUAACUACUACUGAUCAAAUGGCGGGGACGUAUAUCACACGAGGAAAUCUGCCAGGCGGAAAUGAAUCAUACAGAGAACAAACAGAUGUCUCCAACCCUCAAUAUCAAACCUCCAAUCCAACCCAUCCUCCAAUACUGCCUCCAUAGCUAGAACUGAAACCUCCCAGAAGGAAACAAGGAGAAGAUAUGGAGUUUACAGUCUACAAUACAUUCUCUAAACAAUCUUAAACGGACGAAAUAUGAAAAUCAGAAACCAUGAUCUAAUGAUCUAGUGCAGCGGUACUAUUAUAUGUAUAGGAAAAAGUAGAGUCCUCCGAUCAAGGUUGCUUGAUGUUGUUUGUUUGAUGUCACACAAGAAACACAAAUUUUUCAUUUAUCUCAUCUUUUUACUUAAAAUAUAUCGAUUUAUGACUUGUU